UAUAUAACAGUAUAGCUUUUAGCGUUUAGAGGGCACUGCCACUCAAAUUUAUUGACAACCAAAAUAUUGUUCUUUUGUGACAUUUUCAAAAAAAACUUGUUCGAAUAGGUCACGAAAUAGAAUGGUCAAUACAAACUAUAGAUACCCGCCACCACAACAAUUGGAUCCGUACGGAAAAUUAAUACAAUUGGGGGUACAAAUAGGUAAAGAUGUUACUGAACGCAUAAAUUUUUAUUUAGACGAAUAUGGAUUUUACAGUCGUUGUGAACGUCUUAUGCACUGGCUUUUAGAGCACCCUCUGGCUUCAAUAUGCAUAUUCAUGUGCCUAAUCGCUUGUGGUAUUCCCAUUAUAUUAUUUUCAGUAUUUGCAGUCACUUCAGUCUUUAUGACAUUCACUGGAUUUUUGCUAAUUGAAGGUACAAUACUAUCGAUAGCCAUAUUAUUUUUAGUGGGAAUUUCAAUGGCUAUAUUUUCCAUAAUAUUGACCGGUGGUGCUUUUUUGACUUCUAUAUACCUGACAUAUUCGUACGUGAUAAAACGAAUACAAGCAUACCAGUAAACCAAAAAUAUUAUAAUAUUUAAGCUCUCUGGUUUACAAA